AUGGCCUUGGCAGCACAGUCGAGUCAAAGUGAAAGGCUUAAUCAAAUCUUCAGUGGACUGAAGCACAGAAAUGUGGAAAUUAAGUUGCAAUCAGCUGAAGAGCUUCGACGAUAUGUAUCUAUGACAGUCGCUGAGAUGUCAUCCGAUGCAGCGUCCAAGCUAUGGGAUGACAACAUUAAUAGAAGACUGUUCGAUCUGACUCACAGCCAGAACACCUCUGACGCGCUUGGAGGUCUACUUGCUAUAGAGAAACUGAUUGGCAUUGAACAAGAAGAGACUAUAGAAUCUAAACGCAAUCUCUUCCGUUUCUACAAUUAUGUUAAACAUCUUCUCCCAAGUACCGACACGAGUCUCAUGCUUUCCGCCUCCAAGACGCUAGGAAAGAUUGCAGAAAUAGGCGGCUCAGCUUUUGGAGAACGUUUUAUGGACUUUGAGGUUCCAGCCGCUGUGGACCUGAUGCAACCCGACAAACAAGAGUCUCCUCGAUACGCUGGGGUUUUAAUUCUGAAAGAAUUGGCCAGAAAUAGCCCCACAUACUUCUAUUCCCAUAUCGGAACUGUUUUUGACAACAUAUUAGUACCCCUUAGAGAUCAACGCGUUAUUGUCAGAGAAGGAGCAGCCGAGUUAUUAGCCGCCUGCCUGGAGAUCGUCACUUCGAGGGAACGACAAACAAGAACUCCUUAUCUCUCUAAGGUCUUGCAGGAUGCACAACAGGGCCUCAAGCAAGCUCAGCCAGAGGUUAUUCAUGGGUCUCUGCUAACAUAUCGAGAGUUGCUACUCCAUGCGGGAAUGUUUAUGAAGGAAAACUUUUUGGACACAGCCGAUCAAAUUCUUCGAUUCAGGUCUCAUCGCGAUUCCGCUGUUCGUAAAAUGGUUAUCACCAUGAUCCCAUCUCUUGCUGCUUAUGAUACUCAAACCUUUACGGAGCAUUUUCUUCACAAAGCCAUGGCGCACCUACUGACCCAGUUGGAAAAGCCCGUGGAACGCGAUUUUGCUUUUGUUGCAAUUGGGCACACUGCGGCCGCUGUUGGAAGCGAUAUGAAGCCUUUCCUUGACCUCAUCAUGUCACAAAUCAAACAAGGACUGCAAGGUCGAGGCCGAAAAAAUGCCCCUCCAGAAGAACCGAUCUUUCAAUGCAUUGGUAUGCUAGCAUCGGCCGUUGGCCCAAACUUAACCAAACUCUUGCAUGAUCAACUCGAUCUCAUGCUUGCCUGUGGCUUAAGUGAACCAUUGGUACAAGCCUUGGUCGCAAUCGCUAAGUAUAUCCCUCCUCUUUUAAAGACCAUACAAGACCGCCUAUUGGAUCUAUUGUCGCAGGUUUUAAGUGGCCAACCAUACAAACCUCUUGGUGCCCCUCCCUCACUUGCGAGGGGUGAAAUUGGUGUUUCAAAUCGUGAUUUGAACCCCACCCAGAUAAACGGAACCGACAAGAAUCCAGAGCUGAUUACCCUAGCUCUUACUACGUUGUAUACUUUUGAUUUUACCGGUCAUGUUCUAAAUGAAUUUGUUCGGUCUUGCGCUUUGCCGUACUUGGAGGAUGACAACCCGGAAGUCCGCAGAGCAUCAGCUUUGACCUGCUGUGUGCUCUUCGUCAAAGACCCAAUAUGCUAUCAGUCCAGCACCCAUGCUAUUGAAAUCAUAAGCGACGUUUUAGACAAAUUGCUCACCGUUGGCAUCGCAGAUCCAGUUGCAAGCAUAAGGCAAACUGUUUUGUCCUCGCUUCACGAGCGCUUUGAUAGACAUCUUGCCCAAGCUGAGAAUGUCAGAUCUUUAUUCAUUGCACUGAACGACGAGGAUUUUAAUAACCGUGUCACUGCUGUUGGUUUAAUUGGUCGCCUUGCAAAACACAACCCUGCAUAUGUCAUGCCGUCGUUGCGAAAAGCGUUGAUCCAGCUCCUAACUGAACUUGAGUAUUCGACAGUUAUGCGAAACAGGGAAGAAUGCACGCGAUUACUUACGUUGCUUGUUAGUGCCACUCAACGCCUAAUAAAACCGUACGCUCUUCCCAUGCUCCGCGUCCUGCUGCAAAAAGCAAACGACUCCAACCCCACUGUUGCUGCCAAUGUUUUAAUGUGUCUCGGCGAACUUACAUGUGUUGGUGGCGAGGAUGCUAUUCAACACGUUCCCGAACUGAUGCAAGUCAUCAUCUCGAGACUUUCAGACCCAGCCUUAAUCAAACGCGAUGCUGCCCUCCAUACUCUUGGUCAAGUGUGCUCUAGCACAGGCUAUGUUAUUACACCUCUUGUCGAACACCCUCAGUUAUUGCCUCUCUUGUCAAGAAUUCUUAGGACAGAAACCAGCCAACCCGUUCGUCGCGAGGUCAUUAAGGUUCUCGGUAUCCUUGGUGCAUUGGACCCAUACAGACGCAAGAGUAAACCGAAGGAGGAUACAUCCAGUGAAACGGCUGUAGCUGCUGUAAACCAAGUGCCUGUUGCCCAGCAUGUAGCGACGCCUGCAUCUGAUGAUUACUUCCAAACGGUAGUGAUCAACGCACUAUUAUCUAUUCUCAAAGACCAGUCUCUCGGCAGCCACCACCAUAGUGUUAUUGAAGCAAUUAUGUCUAUUUUCAAGACACAGGGCCUGAAAUGCGUAACUUUCUUGCCACAGAUCAUCCCGUCAUUUGCAUCUGUUACAACAGGGUCGCCUGCUCGUUUGCAGGAAUUUCACUUGCAACAGCUUGCUAUCCUGAUUGGUAUCAUCAAGCAGCAUGUUCGUAACUAUAUGCCUGACAUCUUUAGCCUGAUAACCGAGCUUUGGGAAAAUGCAACGCUUCAACUUCCGAUAGUUUCUUUGAUAGAAGCUCUAGGAAAGGCUCUGGACUCCGAGUUCAAGCCUUUCCUACCCUCGAUCUUGCCUCUCUUUCUGAAAGUCUUCGAUGGCGAGCUGACUGAGAAACGCAUCAAUAUUCAAAUCAAGAUAUUCGAUGCCUUUUUGACCUUCGGUUCGAAUAUAGAGGAAUAUCUACAUCUUGUCAUUCCCAUCAUCGUCAAGUCAUACGAGCGCCAGGAGAUCGUUGAAAGAGCAGAUUCAUUGACGGCGUUAAGGAAACGUGCUAUUCAGACAAUUGACGGGCUCUCUAGACGGGUUAACUUCUCUGACCAUGCCUCUCGCAUCAUUCAUCCUCUUAUUCGUGUUCUUGAGGGAGGAAACAAUGAGCUACGUAUGGCUGUCAUGGACACCCUAUGCUCACUUGUGAUUCAAUUAGGGUCCGAUUUUGCUAUAUUCGUGCCCACCAUCAACAAAUGUUUGCUGCGAAAUAGGAUUCCUCAUCCCAAGUAUGAAAACCUGAUAUCAAAGCUCCUCAACGGUGAACGCCUGCCUCAGGAAGUUGGCGUUUUAGAGCUGCUGUUGAGUGAAAAUUCUAAGGCACCAGAGUUUUCUGCACCUGCUGAGGCAACAAAAAUGAAUGUCAAUCAGCAGCAUUUGAAACAAGCAUGGGACACCACCCAUAUCACCACUAGGGACGAUUGGAUUGAGUGGAUGCACAGAAUUGGGGUCGAAUUCUUGAAAGAAUCUCCUUCUCAUGCACUCCGUGCCUGCAUGAGCCUUGUCGAUAUUCACCCGCCUCUAGCAAAAGAGUUGUUCAACGCUGCUUUUCUUUCUUGCUGGGGGGAGCUUUAUGACCAAUACCAAGAGGACCUUGUACGCGCCAUUGAAUUUGCCAUUACGUCCACCACUGCGCCUUCUGAACUCAUACACCGCCUGCUGAACUUGGCGGAGUUCAUGGAGCAUGAAGAAAAGCCUCUCCCCAUCGAACAUCGAACGUUGGGUGAAUAUGCUAUGAAGUAUAUGGCAUACGCAAAGGCGCUCCACUACAAAGAACUCGAGUAUUUCUCAGAAUCAUCCCCCGCUGUGAUUGAAGCCCUUAUUUCUAUCAACACCCGCCUGCAGCAGCAUGAUGCCGCAUGGGGCACUCUAAUCACCGCUCGGGAACAGUAUGACGUUACCAAGCAUGAGGAGUGGUACGAGAGGCUUGGUCGAUGGUCAGAAGCACUCGUCGCAUAUGAGCGGAAGGCCGAGCUAGAUCCUUCUGCUCCGGAUGUUCAGAUUGGAAGAAUGAAAUGCUUGCACGCUUUGGGAGAAUGGGAUCAACUUGCUGCUCAAGUUGACGAGAACUGGGCAAACGCCAAUCAUGAGGAUCGUCGAGAAAUUGCUCCUAUGGCCGCAGCUGCUGCUUGGUCCUUGAACGAAUGGGACUCAAUGGAUGAUUAUAUUGCUACUAUGAAGCCAGACUCACCGGAUCGAUCUUUCUAUCGGGCCAUCCUUUCUGUUCAUCAGAAUCAAUUUCCAAAGGCACUUGUUCAUAUUGCAAAGGCGCGUGAUCUUCUAGAUCCCGAACUUUCUUCCUUUGUUGGAGAAGGAUAUGGUCGCUCGUACAAUGUUCUCGUCCGGGCACAGAUGCUGUCCGAGCUCGAAGAAAUAAUUGCAUUCAAGCAAUAUGCCGACCAACCUGAACGACAACAAACCAUGCGGAAAACAUGGAUGAAGCGAUUGCAGGGUUGUCAGCCUGAUGUAGAAGUUUGGCAAAGGAUUUUACAGGUUCGGACUCUUGUCUUAAAUCCAGAGGACGACCCGAUGAUGUGGAUCAAAUUUGCUAACUUAUGCCGCAAAAAUGAUCGAAUGGUUCUGGCCGAGAAAACAAUCAACUCGCUGCUCUCUCCGGACAGGCGCAUGCAUGAUCAUCAAAUCAAAGCUCCCCCGAACGUUGUCUAUGCACAACUGAAGUUUAUGUGGGCAAAAGGGGCUAAAGAUCAUGAAAGCCUCAACUUCCUUCGGCAAUUUUCAGCGAGCUUAGCUCGGGAUGUUAUGCAAGAGACAAACGCCUAUUCGCAGCGCCCUGGUGUUUCGAAACAAAAGAUCGCAGAACUUUCCAAGCUGGUUGCUCGUUGUUACUUUAAACAAGGAGAAUGGCAGCAACAGUUAAAGGACCAAUGGAAUCCUAAAAACGUUGAAGACAUUCUUCAUGCAUAUCUUUUGGCAACGCGUUACGACCCAAGCUGGUACAAAGCAUGGCAUACAUGGGCGUUGGCAAACUUUGAUGUCAUCGAGUAUCUGGAAACUCAAACAUCCGACGUCCCUAUCGCCCGACUAGUUUUGCACGUUGUACAAGCAAUAGAAGGCAGGCAUCCCAAAUGUUUCUUCCGAUCAAUUGCGCUCCGUAGUCAAGAUGCUCUACAGGAUACACUGAGGUUGCUCACCUUGUGGUUCAAAUUUGGCUCACACGAUGAUGUUAGUCACGCAAUGAGCGGCGGCUUCUCAACAGUUGAGGUAGAUACAUGGCUUGAAGUCAUUCCACAGAUAAUUGCGCGUAUCCAAACCCCCCAUGCCAACAUUCGCAGAAACAUCAAUCAUCUACUGACCGACGUUGGCAAACAUCACCCGCAAGCUUUAAUAUAUCCAUUAACUGUGGCAUCAAAGUCUUCCAGUGUUGCACGACAGAAUGCCGCCAUUGCUAUUAUGGAACGAAUGCGCGAACAUAGUCCGACGAUCGUCGCACAGGCCAUGGUUGUUAGCAGAGAGUUGAUCAGGGUGGCUAUUUUAUGGCACGAACUUUGGCACGAAGGGUUAGAAGAAGCAUCUCGACUAUUCUUUUCAGAGAAAAAUCCUGUAGGUAUGAUUGCGGUAUUGGAGCCCUUGCAUGAUAUGCUUGAAGCUGGUCCUACAACGGCUCGAGAGACGACCUUCGCUCAAGGAUUUGGAAGAGAACUUCGGGAGGCUCGAGAAGCAACUCGUCGUUAUCGCGCAUAUGGUGAUACCAGCGAACUGGACAAAGCUUGGGAUAUAUAUUACGGUAUUUUCAAGAGAGUUGAAAAACAACUACCGCAGUUGACUACUCUUGAUCUGCAAUACGUAUCGCCUUCUUUGUUGAAGGCGCGAAAUCUUGAUCUCGCCGUGCCUGGAACGUAUCAAGCUGGCCGGCCUAUUACAAAAAUCGCAAGCUUUGCCACCAAGCUAACAGUAAUUGUAUCCAAGCAACGUCCCAGGAGGCUUUCUCUUAAGGGUGACGAUGGAAGGGAUUAUCAAUAUGUCCUAAAAGGCCACGAAGAUCUUCGUCAAGACGAACGAGUCAUGCAAUUGUUUGGUUUGGUUAAUACUUUACUAUCAGUUGACACCAAUAGCUUCAAGCGUCGCCUCCAUAUACAAAGGUAUCCUGUCAUUCCGCUGGCACCUAAUGCGGGUCUAUUGGGAUGGGUGCAAGACAGCGACACUCUUCACGUCUUGAUACGGGAUUACCGAGAUUCCCGGAAAGUACUACUAAAUAUUGAAUAUCGCCUGAUGCUCCAGGAAAAUUAUGAAAGCCUUUGCCUACUCCAAAAAAUAGAGGUAUUCGAAUAUGCGUUAGAAAACACAACGGGCCAGGAUCUUUACCGAGUUCUAUGGUUGAAAAGUUCAAACUCUGAACAUUGGCUUGAACGACGAGCCACGUACACCCGCUCUCUCGCUGUCAAUAGCAUGGUUGGGCAUAUUCUAGGGUUGGGCGACCGACAUCCUUCCAACGUGCUUUUGGAACGAAGUACUGGAAAGGUCGUUCAUAUUGAUUUUGGUGAUUGCUUUGAAGUUGCCAUGAACCGCGAGAAGUUCCCAGAAAAGGUCCCUUUCCGUCUCACGCGAAUGCUAACCCAUGCCAUGGAGGUUAGCGGGAUUGAAGGCAGCUUCCGUAAUACAUGCGAAAUCACUAUGCAAGUUCUUCGUGACAAUACUGAGUCUUUGAUGGCGGUUUUGGAGGCGUUUGUAUAUGACCCUCUCAUCAAUUGGAGAUUGUUGCAGGCGAAAGAGAACGAUACACGUCCUACCGAAAGCACAGACCUUGGUCCUGAGCGUGCUGCUGAACUGGCGAGGGCAGCUGGGCAUCCCCAGGGACCAAUGCGAAAACUGAAAGCGGAUGAAAAUGAUAUUUUCAACGAUGAAGGACACCCUGGUGGUGCUCAAGAGGUCCGGAAUAAACGAGCCCUUGAGGUGUACAGACGUGUGCAGGCUAAAAUAACUGGCCGAGAUUUCGGUGGAAGCGUUGUGUUGACUGUCAGUAUGCAAGUAGAAAAACUUAUCGAACAGGCCACAGCCUUGGAGAAUCUGUGUCAAUGUUUCUCAGGCUGUCCACUAAAGAUGCCUCGAGGAAUACCGAAUGCCAAACGAGAUGAAACUGGGAUGCGGUACACCACGUUCAGCGUGCCCUUAACUUUUAACCCCAAACACGCUAGCUCAACUUAUCUGAAGACAGAAGCACAAACCUUGUGGGCCAGGAAUGCUCUCCGGAAAGGCAAGGCGACCGAAGAAAGUCCACAAGACCAAAGACGUGGAUCUCAAGUCAUUGUUAUACACCCGGGGUCACGGUUCAUUCGAAUAGGAAGAGCAUCCGACGUGAACCCAAUCUCUGUGCCGUGCGUGGUUGCGCGAAAAUCGAAGACACCGUUUACCGUAGCUCCUCGAAUCCAGUUAGUAUCGCGUCCCAGAAAUCAACAAACAGAAGAUGGAUUAUCUUCAGGAGACAAACUUCCGGCCAAUGGGACUGAGCUGCCGAUGGAUGACCCUUUUGACGCUAAACUAGCAUCUAUAACAGUAUCGUUGCGUGAUAGGAUGAGAUUCUAUAAAUUACGAAUUACACCCAAUGCUACCAAAAUUGCUUCUACAUUCAACGAGCAAUUUCAACCUGAACGAAUUGCUGAACACAAUGACUAUCAAACUGAAUGGAUUGAUUCAUCUUGUCCCGAUGAAACACUAGUUGGGGAGAAGGCCCUGCGUAUUGUCGACCCAGUGACCUCCAAAUAUAUCGUGAGAUGGCCGAUAUAUGGGUCCAACUUCAACACUCGGGAUUACAACUCUGUUCAAGCAACUCUUAGUGACCUCGAGGAAAUCAUUACCAGCACCUUACGUGAUAAACUGGACAUCAAGAAAUCAGAAUACAAGAAUUUCUCUGUUAUGCUCGUAAUUCCCGAUUUUUAUGAUAGAGCAUAUGUCAGAGAAUUUGUAAAUCUCCUAAUUACUGUUAUGGGAUUCAAACAGAUCUGUGCCCAGCAGGAAGCUCUUGCGGCUACUUAUGGUGCAGGAAUUUCAAAUGCUUGCGUAGUAGAUAUUGGUGCUACAAAAACAAGCAUUGCCUGUGUGGAUGAAGGACUCGUGUUACCAGAGACUCGGAUGUCGCUGAAUAUGGGCGGUGAAGACAUUACCGAAUUUCUUUAUGUACUUCUAAAGCGUAUCAAAUUUCCUUACCGGGAUAUUGAUCUUAACCAUUCUUAUGAUUGGCAAGUGAUGGAGGAUCUCAAAUUCAGACUUUGUACUCUUGCAGACAGUGAUGUAGCACUGAAUCUAUACGAUUUCAAUGUGCGAAGACCGAAUAAACUUACAGAAAAAUACGGUUUACGCGCAUACGAUGAAAUUAUUCUUGCACCAAUGUGUCUUUUCGAACCUCGUAUCAUUGAAUUUGACAACAAACGGGAGCACCUGCGACCUCAUUCUCGAAAUGUUACUGAAGAGAUUUUGGGUCAUCAAAUGGAAUACGUUACCAACGCAAUGGCUAUAUCUACCCAACAUCUAAUGCCUAUGCUCCAGCAACAGCAAUCACAACAACAAUCCCAAUCUUCCGAGCAACCUGUAAAUCCUCAUCAGGAGAUCCCUGGGGAGCCAACAGCAGAACCCAGUUCUUCUUCGAAACCUGAUCUAGAUGCCCAGACUAUGAAUGUAGACAGUGUAGAAACCGAGGCUUCCGCUUUACCGGACGACCGGUUGGAAGCUCACAUAGAAGUUGUUGAUGUCGAGGAAGAUGGAAAGCAAGCCUUCGUCCAACCACACCCAGUUUCUCAGCCGAUAGCCCAGGCUUCUCAACCAGGUUAUACCAUUGACAUUUGUUUUGAAGCAAGUAAACUGCCUCUCGAUGUUGCGAUCUUCAAUAGUGCACGAGCUGCUGGUGGUGAUGAGAAAAUUAGAAAAUACCUUCAGGCAGUGCUCGUGAUCGGUGGCUCAGCGCUAAUUCCUGGGAUGGCUCAUGCUCUGGAAAGCAGAUUGCAAGCUAUUGCAACACCACUGGUUCCUAACAUGGAGAAGGUUCAGAUAAUCCCCCCUCCCAAAGAAGUCGAUCCUCGCGUUUUAGCCUGGAAAGGUGCGGCUGUCCUCUCCAAAAUGGACAGUGUGUCCGAAUUAUGGGUUUCAUCAUCUGAUUGGGAUGUGUUUGGGAUGCGUGCAUUGAAGGAACGAUGCUUCUAUUUGUAG